AUGAAUCCACUCUAAUAAUUCUAACUCCUAUUGACCAACAAAGCUUCUAAUACUAAAAUGUUUUUGACUAGAUAACAAAUUAUCGAUAAAGUUAAAAAAGAAAAAGAACUUUAACAAAUUUAAAAUAACAGAAUUCAAAACAAAAAAAUUUCUAAACCAUAAUCCGUAAUGAAAGUGUCUAUAGCUAAAUCAUCUACUUAAAAAUUGACUCAGCAAAAAAAAACAUUUAGUUGCUCCAAGUUUUAAAUUAAUGAAUUAGUUCCUGAUUAUGAACUAAUUUGCAAAAACACAAAUAAAACAUAAUAAAAUUCAUAAUCAACUUUAAAUACAGACUAUUUUAACUUCGUAAACACAAAAUCUAAAGCCAUAAAAGACAUUUAAGACAGAAAAGAUGAAUUUUAGUAAAGUGAAAUUAAUUCCUCUCAAGUUUUAUAAGGAUUAGGAUAGUAUUAAUAAAUGAAGAAUGAAUUGUUAAAAUCCUUUUUAGAUAUAGAACAAAUGUUAUUAAGAAAAUCACAUUGA